AAUUUGUUUUCACGUUAUGCAGUUGGUAGUAUCUGUCAAGUUCUUCCAGUUUUGUAAACAUAGUAAUACUGACGUUUAUAAAGUUUAAUACUUUGUGAGAGUAAAAAUGGCCAAACGCACGAAAAAGGUAGGAAUUGUAGGAAAAUAUGGAACUCGUUAUGGUGCUUCUCUCCGUAAAAUGGUUAAGAAAAUGGAAAUUACUCAGCACAGCAAAUACUCUUGCAGUUUUUGCGGAAAAGAUGCCAUGAAGAGAUCAGUUGUUGGUAUUUGGUCCUGCAAACGUUGCAAACGGGUAGUUGCUGGUGGAGCCUGGGUAUAUUCAACAACAGCUGCGGCUUCAGUCAGGUCAGCUGUUAGACGAUUGAGAGAUGUUAAGGAACAAUAAACUGUAGGUUAAUUUACAUACAAUAAAUACCUUUUUAAGUUAAAA